CUGCGCCUGCGCAUUGCCACACACGCAGGCAGUGGCUUUCGCGAAGGAGUCGCUGCGGAGAAACACGUCCCGCGCGCCACGCCGUCUGUUUCUAGGGCAACCCCGGCGCCUCUUAGCAACUGCGCGUGCGGCCUAGGUGGGUCUCUCGAACCCCCAGCCCUGUCAUGGCGGCCGGGGGUCCUAGCGUCUUCCUACUCAUGGUCAACGGGCAGGUGGAAAGCGCCCAGUUUCCUGAGUUCGACAACCUCUACUGCAAGUACUGCUUUGUGUAUGGCCAGGACUGGGCCCCCACAGCGGGUCUGGAGGAGGGGAUCUCACAGAUCACAUCCAAGAGCCGAGAUGCAUGCCAUGCGCUGGUGUGGAACUUCCCCAUCGACAUCACCUUUAAAAGCACCAACCCCUUUGGCUGGCCACAGAUUGUGCUCAGUGUGUAUGGACCAGACGUGUUCGGGAACGAUGUGGUCCGAGGCUACGGGGCAGUGCACGUGCCCUUUUCACCUGGCCGGCACAAGAGGACCAUCCCCAUGUUUGUCCCGGAAUCUACGUCUAAACUGCAAAAGUUUACAAGCUGGUUCAUGGGACGGCGGCCCGAGUACACAGACCCCAAGGUGGUGGCUCAGGGUGAAGGCCGGGAAGUGACCCGCGUCCGGUCUCAGGGCUUCGUUACCCUCCUCUUCAACGUGGUGACCAAGGACAUGAGGAAGCUGGGCUACAGCAGUCGGCCUGCAGACACACAGAGCGACCCAGGGCCCAGCCUGCCCCAGGGCACCCCCGGGUGAAGGCGUCGUCCCCUUCUGCCCGCACCCUGAGUCUGGCCGGGCAGGCUGAGCAGCUCUCUGAUAAUGAAGGGCCGUCUUUCCAGAGUCGGCCGCUGACCCAUCAGCCUGAAGCACAGCCUGUGGCGGGGACUGGGGAG